GUCUAAGGAACAGGAAUGGCUUCCAUGUUUCCACGCCUCUUACUUCAUCGCUCGGGACUAGUCGUUGCUUUACUGGGUCAAUCAAAUGGACCUACAACUGCCCUGGACCGCGUGGGCGUCAAACUGCCCUCACCCUGUCCCUUGAGAGGUUUGGCCUGUUCACCAGGAGGAAGGAAGAAAAGAGAGGGGAAGAGAAUAGCAGCCCCUCUUAUUUCUUUCCAAGCUUCCGCCUCCGGCCUUCGCCAAUCUCUUUCGUCCGCCUCCCGCGCACGGGUCGGGAUCUGCUUCGACCAGCACCAGAAGAAAAAGAAGCAGCCGCCGGCGAAAGAGGAGGAGGAAGGAGUAGGAGGCCGGGGGAGAGUCGCCAACGCAGUCCCUCCGAUGGCGGCCGUCACGAGGUGGGAGGGCGUCGACGAGAGGCUCGCCAAGAUGGUCUCCAAGGCCAAUCUCGACCAGGCCCCCGAGCGCCGCAGGGUCCGGGAGGCCUUCAAGGACGUCCAGCUUGGCAUCGACCACUGCUUGUUCAAGGCACAGUAUAGUGGAGUGAUAAUGAAGGAGUCAUACGAGGUGAAUUCUAGAGGUUUGGAAAUCUUCUCCAAAAGUUGGCUUCCAGAAGGGUCUAAGACAAAGGCACUGAUUUGUUUCUGUCAUGGUUAUGGAGACACGUGCACAUUUUUCUUUGAAGGGAUUGCAAAAAAGUUAGCGUCAUCUGGAUAUGGAGUUUUUGCAUUGGACUACCCUGGAUUUGGUCUUUCUGAAGGACUUCAUGGAUAUAUACCAAGUUUUGAUACCCUGGUGAAUGAUGUAGCUGAGCAUUUCUCUAAAAUCAAAGAAAAUUCUGAAUAUCAAGGACUUCCUAGCUUUCUAUUUGGACAAUCCAUGGGUGGAGCAGUUGCACUGAAGGUACACUUAAAACAGCCUCAUGUGUGGGAUGGUGCAAUCUUAGUUGCACCAAUGUGUAAGAUGGCAGAAGAUGUUGUUCCACCUUGGCCUGUUCAGCAAAUUUUGAUUUGUAUAGCUAAAAUUCUUCCAAAAGAGAAGUUGGUUCCUCAAAAAGAUUUAGCAGAAAUGGCAUUCAAAGAUAUAAAAAAGCGACAACAGUGUUCUUACAAUGUCAUUGCUUACAAGGAUAAACCACGCCUGAGAACAGCGCUGGAGUUGCUUAGGACCACCCAGGAGAUAGAACGCCGAUUAGAAGAAGUUUCCCUGCCACUGAUUAUUCUGCAUGGUGAGGCAGAUAUUGUAACUGAUCCAUCGGUGAGCAAAGCUUUGUAUGAGAAAGCAAGUAGCUCGGACAAGAAGCUGUGCCUUUACAAAGAUGCAUACCAUUCUCUUCUUGAAGGUGAAUCUGAUGAGAUGAUAUUUAAAGUCCUCAAUGACAUUAUAUCAUGGUUGGAUGAACACUCUGUCAGAAGGGUUCCUUCGUGAUCAGUGCCAUGUGAUCUGCUCAGGAGAUAUUGAGUGUUUGGGGAUUACAGAUCUCUUGAAAAUUUCAGUGAAUAUAUUUUGAAUAUCAUGUAGUAGUUAUAAAGGCUAUGGUGUAUAUGUAUUCCUUCAGCCCACCAUGGGCGAAGGUUAUUGUUAGUCUCUUGGCACGAUCAGACUGGUCUUUGUUGAAUCCAUGAUUGAAAAACAAUGUAGACCUUAGUUUUUUUUGAGCAUUCGGUGACAUGAUUAAUUGGUAGCUAAUGCUCAAUUGCUCGAUUAUUUGAUAUCUAUAAGAAGACACAUUCUGUGGAA